CUCUGGGAGGAGCGUGGCCCCGCCCUGUCGUACCAGCCAAUCACGACGCGUCUCUAUCGUGAGGGGCGGGCGGACGCGGCGCUGGGCGUGGGGCGCCCCCUGCUGGAGCUCGAGCGGGCCCUGCGAGACCCCCGGACCCCCCUUUCCCGCCGUCGGUCCCUGCUGCUCUCGGCGCUGUCCGAGGGGCGUGGUCGCCGCCGGGCGGCCAUGACGGGGGCGGGGCUGGACCGGCACCUGCAGGGCCUGGCGGCCGUGGCCAAUCAGAUGAGGCUCCGCCCACCCUUCCUCAUCCAGGUUUUGGGCCAGCCCUGGGCUCUGUCAUUUAGCCCCGCCCCCCGGCCACACCCACCCCUGCUGCCCCGCCCCCUGCAACCCGCGGGGGGGGGCUUCAACCCGCCCCACCCCGACGGGUACGGGGUCUCCUACGUGGGGGGAGGGGCGGACGGGCCCCUCCUCGUCCACAUCACCUGCAGGGCGGGGUCCCCCAAAACGGACCCCCUGCAGUUCUGGGGGAGGGUCCGGCGGCGCUGGAGGAACUGGGGGGCU